AUGAACACUGUGACAGUGCAGCAGCCUAAGAAGGCGGCACUUCAAUCACCACACCAGCCAGACGCUGCUUCUGCUGCUAACGCUACUACUGAUGCUUUUCCCAAGAAGAAGGCCUCAACUGAAAGCUCUGUAUCGGUGCUGGUCGAACCGACACAACUUUUCUUUCCCCCACCCCACCGCAAUCGGGCGGUGCAGAACACCAUCGUGCUGUACAACACCGGAACACUCCCGUGCGUCUUCAAGAUCAAGGCGCAGACGCCGCAUCGAUACUUCACAAAGCCGAACAUAGGCACUAUCUCGGCAAAUGGUGCGGUGCGUCUCCGCUUUAUUCUGCGGCCACAGAAGGACAAUUUGCCCCCAACGACGUGCGACCGCUUCCGUCUGUGCGUGUCGCCAAUCCCCGCGAGCUUGCUAGCGCAGCGGCCGAAGUUGCUGCGCGAGAAGCG